AUGACUGGAGGCGGCAAGUCCGGCGGUAAGGCCAGCGGUUCCAAGAACGCGCAGUCUCGUUCAUCGAAGGCAGGCCUGGCCUUCCCUGUCGGUCGUGUCCACCGUCUGCUCCGAAAGGGCAACUACGCUCAGCGUGUUGGUGCUGGCGCCCCCGUCUAUCUCGCCGCCGUUCUCGAGUACCUCGCUGCUGAGAUUCUCGAGCUGGCCGGCAACGCCGCCCGCGACAACAAGAAGACUCGUAUCAUUCCUCGUCAUCUCCAGCUGGCCAUCCGCAACGAUGAGGAGUUGAACAAGCUUCUCGGACACGUCACCAUCGCACAAGGUGGUGUUUUGCCCAACAUCCAUCAGAGUGAGUCUUCAUCAAUGUAUGCAACUACCACAUAUUCUGACAGUAUAUCACAGACCUUCUGCCUAAGAAGUCUGGCAAGACUGGCAAGAACCAGAGCCAAGAGCUGUAAUCUUGGUGGCGGUUUUGGCUUUUCUUUCCUGCUGGUCGGCUGCGCUUUGGGUUGUCAUGACAUCGGGGUCUCGGUUCAGGGUUCAGGGUUGAUUUUUCGCGUUUGGGUUGUACAAUAA